AUGGUAUCGAAAAAGCCAGCUAAAGCCAAAAAAGCCGCAACAGGUGCAGCAGAUGGAAAGAAAAAGAGAAAAAAGUCAAGAUAUGACAGCUAUGGACUUUACAUAUUUAAAGUUUUGAAACAAGUUCACCCAGACACUGGUAUUUCAAGAAAAUCCAUGAACAUUAUGAACUCUUUCCUUGUUGAUACUUUUGAAAAAAUUGCAACUGAAGCAUCAAGAUUAUGCAAAUACACACGAAGGGACACUUUGUCAUCACGAGAAAUUCAAACUGCCAUCAGAUUGGUAUUACCGGGAGAAUUAGCUAAGCACGCAGUCUCUGAAGGAACAAAAGCUGUUACAAAAUUUACAUCCAAGUAA